AUGCAGUACGAGUGGGAGCGGCCGCGCCAGUUCCCGGCAUCGCCGUUCGCGACUGCCGCACCAGGCGAGGAGGACGAGCCCGCGAGGAAGCGAGCGCACUACGAGGCGAUGGACGUCGACACGCCCCCUCGCCCCGCCGUCUCGUUCCCUCCCUCGGCCACUGCCCCCGCCAGCGACACCUUCCGCUUCGCCCCACCCGCACCUCCGUCCCUCAGCGAGGCGCCGCACGAGCCGGCGUUCGACGUCGAGGCGUUCAAGCCCAAAGAGGCGUUCGGCCUCCAGGACGACGAGGGCGAGGGCGACGUGUCGAUGGCGGCGGCCGAUGCCGACGAGGACGGCGUGCCUGCCGACAAGGAGAUGCAUCUACCCGUCGCCGUGCUCGGUGAGUCGGGAGCGCGCAGGCGCAAGGGCGGGAGGGGCGCGCGCCGCCGCAGCGUGGACGACUCGGGCGCGAGCGACGACGAGGUCGAGCGGCACGGGCACGAGCACGACGGCGAUGGAGGGUUCCUCGGCGUGCUUCAGACCACGGCUGGGAGGCGCAAGGGCGACACGCAGUUCAGCUUCCAGGUGCACCACCACCACGGCGCGGCGGGCCACGCCGUCGGCGGCUACGGCUCGCCCGAGGGGCAGCAGCCAGAGCGGUGGAUGCGCAAGAGCACGCCUUACGUCCUACUCGGGUACCUCCAGUUCGGCUCGCUCGCCAUCCUCGCCGUCAUGGUCCUGUCGCUCCUCGCCCUGUUCCUGUUCACGCUCAAGGGCGACAUCGACGCCCGGUUCGCUGCCGCCACGCUCGACCUGCGGCGCGACAACAUCGAGUGCGCCAAGAAGUUCAUGGAGAACGGGUGCCAGGCGGCGACGAGGUUCCCGGCGCUCGAGCAGAGCUGCAACGAGUGGGAGGAGUGCAUGCAGCGCGAGGUCGUCGUGCACGGCAAGGCGCGCAUCAUCGUCGAGACGAUCGCCGACCUCGUCAACAGCUUCUUCGAGGUCGUCAGCUUCAAGACCAUGUUCUUCAUCCUCAUGUCGCUCGCCCUGACCGUGUACGCGUCGACGGCGGCGCUGUCGCUGCUCGCGUCUCGAGCGUCGGCCGCCUCGCGUUCCGCCGCCUCGUCGUCGGCGCCGCAGCACUACGGCGGCUACGGCGCAGCACCUCCUCCUCCUCCGGGCUUUGGGUACGGCAUGCCGUACGGCGGCGGCGGACAGGGUGCGCCGUGGACCCUGCACCAGCUCUCGCCGCGCGCCGAGCCCUGUCGACCUCUGCGCCAACAGCUCCAACUCGCUCCGCCGCCCGCCGACCUGCGCCAGCGCUCGUCGCAUCCACCAGCGAGCUCACUUCCUCCACCUUUCCUCCGCCAACCUCGCCUCGUCAUGGAUUCUCCCCUCUCGGAACCCGACUCGCUCUCGUCCCCCGGGGCCACCACCGAGCCCUUGCCCAACUCUGAACCCGACGACCUUCAACUCUCGUCCUCGCCAGUGCCCACCCGCAGGCGGUCCCGCUCGCGCUCCCUCCACGGGCCAGAGCCACGAGCCGGCGCCGGCGCCGGCGGUGGGGCCGAGAGCGACUCGAGCCUCACCGAGCAGAGCGACAGCGAGGUCGAGCCCUCGGCGCUCGACACGGUCGAGGAGGACGAUGACCAGACGGAGGAGGCGGCUGGCGGCGCGGCGAGCGAGCUCGGCGACGACGAGCAGGAGGAGGACGACGAGGACGAGCCGGUCCAGCGCACGCCCCGCGGCAACAAGCGCCCGCGCCCGAUCGCGCUCGGCGACGGGGACGAGGACGGCGCCGGCGACGAGUUGAGCCGACCCGCACGAAAGCGCGUCGGCUCGCUCUCGGCCAGCGGCGACGAGCUGUCGCCCGCCGCCUCAAACCACAAGGGCGCCGCCGCCACCGCCAAAACCGCCUCGCCACCAUCUUCGGCCAAGCGUGCACGUCCAGUCGAGGGCGGCAGCAUCGCCUCGAGCUCGGCCUCGACCGUCGGCGCACCUCCAGCGGCGCCUCGACCUGCGCCCGCCGUCGCCGCCACCGCCACCGCCGACGCAGCGGCCGCCUCGAGCGCCGACUCGCUCUCCGAGCUCGAAGACGACGACGACGUCGAGCCGCAGCCGUCUCGACCGGCGCCGAAGCUCAGCUCCGUCCCCGCUGCGGCAUCGGCGUCCGACGCCGACGACGACGACGACGACGCGCCCACCCUGUCUGCCUCGCCCAAGGGCAAGAAGUCGGCGCCUCGACCGCGUGGCGGCGGUCGACCUCGCGGGCUCGGCGCGCGCGGCCGCCCUCGAGCGCUCGCGGGCAAGCCGUCGGCGGCGGCGAGGAGCGAGAGCCCGUUGUCGACGGUCGGGUCGUCAGCGGGCGAGGACAAGGUCGAGGCGGACGCCGAGAUGGAGGACGCGCCGCUCGUCGAGAACGGGCUGGCGGCAGCCGGCGAGGGCGGGGCGGCGGGACCGGCGCAGGUCGGCGACGAGGCGGCGGUCAAGGAGCUCGAGGUGGAGGCGAGCGCGGUCGAGGCGCUCGCUGCGGCGGCGGCGGGCGCGAGCACGACGUCGUCUGCCCGGCCGUCAGCGGCAAAGGCGCGGGGCAAGGGCAAGGGCAAGAGCAAGGGCAAGGCGGCGGUCAAGGCGGCGGGUGAGACGAUGCGCAGGUCGACCUCGAGCGAGUCGUCCACCCACGCGCCCAAGCACCUCGGCAACGGCACCUCCCCCUCGAACAGCGCCUUCUCGUCCCUCCCCGCUCUUCCCGCACCUUCGGGCCUCGUCGAGCUCGAGACUGCUCCCGACGCCGUCGCCAACCAGCUCGCCGAGCUCGCCGAAGCAGAAGCCGACGUCGCCGCCGACGCAGCAGCGGCGUCCGCCUCGGGAGCCGCCUCGGCCGCAGCACCUGACGACGCGUCGGCGCCGAUGGACGGCGUCGAGCCGAGCGACUCGCAGCUCACGCGCGCCGACGGCCUGGACGAGGACCGCACCGACGCCGUCGUCGAGGAGGUCGAGGAGGAGCAGCGGCCGGUGCCGCCGCCGAGCGCCAAGAAGGGCGCGGUCGGAAAGAAGGGCGGCAAGAAGGGCAAGGGCAAGGAGAAGGCGGCGCCGGCGCAUGUCGAGGACGGCGAGGAGGACGAGGCAGUUGAGGGCGAGGAGGAGGAGGACACGUCGGACGACGCCUUCAUGCGCAAGCGCGCCGAGGCGAUGGAGGCCCUGACCAAGAUCGAGAUCUCGUUCGCGCGCCUGCGCGACCUGCUCUACCUCGAGCGCCUCGCCGACGUCGAGAAGGAGCGCCUCGCCAUCGAGACGGGCGCCCACCCCGAGCUCGUCCACCUCACGCAGCUCAUCGAGCUCCGCCGCAACCGCAAGCUCGAGCUCGCCCGCCUGUGGCUCGACGGCCUCGAGAACGCGUACGGCGUCCAGUUCACCGACCGCGAGCACGCCAACUGGAACAGCUGGCAAGACGAUCGCGCACGCGAGCGUACCCGCAUGCUCGACGAGGCCAACUCGAAGCGCCGGCGACUUGAGCGGGAGAAGCGCGCGCUCGAACGUCCGAAAGACGCAUGCUCGCCCCUCGACCGCCACCCGUCGUCCCGCUCCACCACCGCCGCCGAGUCGGCUUCGACGCCGACCCGCUCGACGACAACGAGAUCGCGUGGUCCCUGCGGCAUCCAGACGUCCGUGUCGACGCGAGCGUGCGAGGACUGGACGAUGAGGCGAUGUACGGCGACCUGGAGCGCAUGGGCCUUCGCGAGCCGAUGCGGCAUCCUCUCUUCCCGUACGACGCCGUCUACGCCCACGCGAGCGGGCUCGGCGGCCCGACCUACGGCGACUCGCGCGGCUACCCGUACGGCGGCGGCUACGACGGCGCGCCUCACGCCAUGCAGCACCAGCACCAGCACCAGGGCUUCCCGACCGCCUUCAGCUCGCUGCCACCGCUGCCCCAGCAUCAACGCGUCGAGUCGGGCCCGCCGCGGCCGCCGUCCAACCCUCGACUCGCGCAGGGCUUCCCGGCCGAGCUCGGCGGCGGGCAGCCGGGCUACCCGGCGGCGUCGCGCGCGCACGGCAGCGGCCACUACCCGCAGACGUACGCCGAGAUCGAGGCGUGGCAGCAGCAGCAGCAGCAGCAGCAGCAGCACCAGUCGCGCCACGGCGGGUUCGACGACGAGCGGCGACGGCGCACCUUGAGCGCCGGCGGCUCGCUCGGUCCGCCCCGCAGCCACGAGUCGCUCGAUGCCAUCGCCGCGCACCGCCAGAACGGGUACACGCCGGCCGUGUCGAGCGCUGCCGGGCAGGACGGCGACCCGACCGGCGGGCGCACGACGCCGACGCACGCGAGCGCGGCGGCCAAGGCGCGCUUCACGCUCGACGAGCACAUGAACACGCGCUCGCCGAAGGGUCCCGCGAGCGUCAGCUCGGUCGCGUCGUCGACGAGCAAAGCGCCGGCGACGACCGGCGUCGGUGCGGCCGCGGCAUCUCCGGCAUCGGUCGCCGCCGCCGCCGCCGCCGCGCGCAGCAACCCGCCCGCCUUCAUGGCCAUCCCGACCAUCCCUCCCUUCGACCGCAACCGCCACGAGCAGACGAUCCGGGCACGAGCGGCGGCCGCAGCGUCGGGCGGCAACUCGGGCGGGAGCAGUCCGGCGCCGCCCGUCCUUCCUCCGCUCAAGCAGCAGCCGACGCCGACCUCGACGCCGCUGUUCGCGCCUCAGCAGCAGGCCAAGCAGCAGCCGGCGCCGACGCAGGCGCAAGGUCAGGGCUCGUUCUCGGCGUACCCUGUGCCGCAGCGAGCGGCGUGA